AUGGUUUUGUGUAACGUAGAAUGUCUUGAAAAGAUUUCUAAUUAUUUAGAUGUUACACCUUUGCAACUGGAGAUGCAAGAAAAUAUAGUCGUUAGCACUGAACAAGGAUCGAAUAAAAAAAUUGAAGGGUUUAGUACUAUAAUUCAAUCGUUGACCGAGAAUUCGAAAUACCCUGAUAUAUUUGGUACUGAUAAUGAAAUGAAAGCAUUGUCACGUCAAUGGCUAGAAUACGCAGUUGUUUGCGUCAAUUAUGCUGAUACGCCUACCAAUGCGAAAAGAGUCUUGCAGGAAUUAAAUGUUGCACUAAAGGAUAGUACAUACCUAACUGGUACAAAGAAGACCAUCGCGGAUGUUACUUUAUAUUAUGCUCUACAUUCAAUAGUGAGAGAAUUAACUCACCAAGAAAAGGCUCAAUAUGUACAUGUGUCAAGAUGGUUUGAUAACAUGCAACAAGAAAGAAAAUUAAGGCAACAACUAGAACUGAUUUCUUUCAAUUUGUUACAUUUAUUUUUACGAAUGUAA